GGCGGAGCCACACCGGGCUGCUGGGUCAGCGAGGUAAAACAAGAUCCCGGCGGGAGCUAGUACUUUUCACUGAAGGACCGCGCGAGACGAGGAUAAGCUAUGACGUCCCUGAUCAAAAAGGUGAUCAACUCGGCGAAAGCCCCCAAGGCCAUUGGGGCUUACAGUCAAGCUGUGUUAGUGGACAGGACCAUUUACAUUUCAGGACAGGUCGGCUUGGACCCUUCAAGUGGACAGCUUGUGCCAGGAGGGAUAGUAGAAGAAACCAAACAAGCUCUCACCAACAUAGGCGAAAUUUUGAAAGCAGCAGACUGCACCUUCAGCAAUGUGGUGAAAGCAACCAUCUUGCUGACUGAUAUAAAGGAUUUUGGUACUGUCAAUGAAAUCUACAAGCAGUAUUUCAAGGGUAGUUUUCCUGCUCGAGCUGCUUACCAGGUCGCUGCUUUGCCCAUAGGAGCCCGCGUGGAGAUCGAAGCAGUGGCUGUCAAAGGGCCUCUCACAGAAGCCUCACUCUGAGCAGGCACAGGGCCUUCUGCCUGGGAGUUUCCGUCGUGCCUUCAGAUCUGUAGCUUAAUUUUUUUUUUUUAAGUAUCUUAAUUCUUACAACCCAUGUUGGAAAGAACAAGUGUGACUAAAACAACCAGUGUUACGGCCGUUCCACCUCAGAGGGGAUUUGUCACGCGUGGAAGGCUGGAUAAUGGGUCCAGUUGCUGUUGCGUGAAUUACACUUCCGCGCACUCACCCUGCGCGGGGCGGGAGGAGCGCUCUGCCGUCCUGAGUGAAGGGGAACGCGCCUUCGGGGAGAGGAGUCGUCCUGGGAAAUGCUACGGAGCGCACCUAAUGCAAUUAAAUCCUACUAAUUCAGCGAGGUGGCCUCUGUAGUUCUCAUGUUAGACAGAUGAUUAUGCCUUUGUUUGAGUAAAAUUAAAUCUUUCACACUUGGGUGGUAGAGCUAAAGGAGAAAAAAUGGACCAAAAUUUUAUGCAGAUGAUAUUUUUCUAAUGGAAAUAAAAUAGACGUGCACAUUUC